UUUAAGCGAAAAAACAAAAUCCACCCUUGUAUAUAGGCUAUGAAAAACAAAUAUAUAAACCUCAAUAACAUGAUUCUUUGCUCUUCAAUUAAUCAAUUACCAAAUUAAUUAAACUCUCCUUUACAAGAUGGUUCGGUGCAGCAAUAUCGUGAUCGGAAUUCUAAACCUCUUCACCUUGAUCCUCUCGAUCCCAAUCCUGCUGGCCGGCGUGGCCAUGCAGAAGCAGGCGGCGACGGAGUGCGAGCGGUGGCUAGACUUUCCCUUCAUGGUGGUUGGCAUAUUUCUGCUGGUUGUGUCACUUGCCGGACUCAUUGGAGCAUGUUGUCGCUCUACGUGCCUCUUAUGGCUCUACCUCUUCGUCAUGUUCCUCUUCAUCAUCUCCCUCUUCGUCUUCACCGUCUUCGCCUUCGUCGUCACCCAUAAGAAUGUCAGUGAAGCCAUCUCCAAUAAAGGGAUCGAUGACUAUAAGCUCGGAGAUUAUUCCAAAUGGCUCCAAAGGAAGGUCAACGACACAAAGACAUGGAACAAAAUUAAGAGCUGUUUGCAAACUGGGAAAGUUUGCUCAAAUAAUAACCGUCACAAGUUUCUUGACAACGCUUUCAAAUCUGUCGUCGAUGAAAAACACACAUCAGCAGUUGAGCGUGGAUGUUGUAAGCCACCAAAUGAGUGUAAUUUUGUGAGUGAAAGUCCGAAUGUUUGGACGAAGCCAGAAAAUGCAACUUAUAACAAUCCUGACUGUGAUCGAUGGAGUAAUGAGGAAAACACUUUAUGCUACGAUUGUCAAUCUUGCAAGGUUGGAUUACUAGAAGAUCUUAAAUAUGACUGGAAGAGAUUAGCCAUUGCCAACAUGAUACUCGUCCUCAUCUUAACCUUUAUCUACUCAAUUGGUUGCUGUGCAUUUAGAAAUAACCGAAGAAACAAUUAUUAUAGAAAAUAUCGCUAAAUUUCCUAUUACCAUCAACCAAAUCAUGCAUCUAUAUAUAACAUGCUUGAGGUAAUAUCCUUUUAUGACGGUGUAUUUGGUUGUAAGACAAUAUUACUUAUAUUCUAUAUAAGA